AACUGAGCACAGUAUUAACUCGAGACCGGUUUGUAGGGACGUGCGUUUAACGAAAAAUAUCUGCUAAAACAAAAAAUUCUAUCGGUCUAGAGAAGUCAAGAGAAGUCCGUUAUAGAGUUACCGCGUAGAACUGGAGAUUCCUCAACGAGAAAAACAAAAAUACAUACAUACUUGGCAAAUUGGUAUUUGGAGAACAUUGCGUGUCGUUUCGCUUCGACGUACCACAAAACACGAAUAUCUGCGUAUUAGUAGGUGUGAUCAAUUAUUGGGCGAGCAAUUCGGACGAUUCUAAAGGGGGAUAUGCGUAGUAACAUGAUGUUGAAAUUCGACGGUCAGGUUGCAGGAUUCGCUGCGUAACGUUCCGUGACAAGGAAAGUUGUAAUACAUAGAAAUAGUUUUUUGAUUGGAAACGGCGAAGCGUUAUUAACGAUCGUAGCAGUGCCGCGUGAACUGGACCAGAUCUUGAUUCGUUGAUUGGCUACUGGAAUUCCCACCAGAGUUCUUGAAACUGAUCUUAUGAAGUAACAGUUUAACUGACGGGCAACCGAAUCGAAUGCUAGCAGCGAGCCACUGCAAAAGUAAAUGGGUUUCGCUUCCAAAGAACACGACUCUCCACCGCAAAGAGCUUUCGUUCCAUCUGUCAGUUUGUGUCCCGCGAUUCGCUCUCACUCGCAAAUCACCGUUCUUAAGGAACGUAAAAUUCAGUCACAACCGGGAUAAUAGAUGCUGGCACUAAUGAGCACUGCAAAGCCUGAUUUCUUAGACAUCGACAAUGAUAAGUUCAAAUCCAUCAUGAAAAUAUCAAACAAAGACUCGAUCGAACAAAAGAAGGAUCGUUCCGGAAGCGAUGAGGACUCUUCGAAAACUUUGCAACUUCUACGAAUUAAGGGAUUUCCUCGAUUGUUACCCGAAGGGAUUAAGGCGUUGGUCAAUUAUUGUCGAUACCUGCAAGAGUUGUCACUGUCCUAUUCAUUGCUUAGCGACGAGUUACUAUUAGCUUUGAGUUCUGAAAAACAGGUGCAAUUGGAAACCCUGCGAUUGGAAGUGCAUCCAGAGACAAAACCACUUCCGCGAGUCAGCGAUAAAGCUUGGUUUACUUUUUCCAGUCAUUUGCCCAACAUAAAUCUUAUACUAUUGUCCUAUAUGACGAGCGAAGACGAUCAGAGUCCAUUAUUUGCACCGUACGUUCCUAUAACGCACCUAUACUUUGGGGAAGCGCCGUCGGAAGCAACUGUGUUACGUAUUAGCUACCAGUGUCCCCGGUUGAUUGAGCUAGUAAUUGCAGCUUAUGGACCCGGUUUACUCGAUCACGUAUUACUCUCUGUCGCUCAAAGAUGUCCACGCCUAAGCGCCGUGGGUUUGGGUGAUUGUGAAAUCACUUGCUCAGGAUUGUUGGAAUUUGUUACGCUCUGUGCAAAACGUUUGCGAAUACUGUACGUUUGGGAAACGUCAUUAAUAGAGGAUUCCGAACUUGACGUUGCAAAAGUAUCAAAGAAUGUCUCGUUGCUCCUUGGUCGUACUUGGGUACCUGAAUAUAUACCAUUAUGUUGAGACUUAAUGCAAUUUAUUACGAUGCAAAUACACUUAUUGGCCGACAAUAGUUUGCGCAUGUACCAAAAAUAUAUUAUAUGCAUAUUAUAGGUUUCCAAUAAUCUUAGGAUUGAUGUUCACAAAAAUGCCUUUCCGAAGACCACAAUGUUAAUGAUUGAGAUAAAAAGAUGUCCACACUUUUUAACACAUGAACGAUCCAACACGUUACCGAUUGAUCACAUGCGAUCCAUACAUACAAAAAACAAUACCGAAAAAAAUCUCGUAUUGUAAAAAUUGCUCGUGUCUGUUAAUACCAAAAAUAUAAACUUUAUUAGAUUAUAAUGGUAUCUCUUGCGUGUAGUGUAUAUAAAAUAAAAUAAUACCACUACAUAUUUAGCAAUCGUCGCGCAUGAUAGAUAUGUAUAACACAUAAUAAUUAAUAUAGUCUAUAAUGUUAUUGUAAUACAACAGAGUAUGUACAUUAUUUCUACAUUAUAACACAAUAAAUCAUUGGGUAUACGAUA